UUUUCAACCUCUUCCCCUCACCUGAGGGGACCACCACCAGUUUUCUCUGAGGGAUCAGCUGGAUGGUCUAGCAGGACUGCACAACUUUACCUUUUAAAUGUUAAUGGGGUUUCUGCCUCUACCAACCAUGCAGGCCGAGAGUUCCACAUUCCACCACCCUCUGGGUGAAAACCGUUUUUCCCCUCAUCCCCUUUAAACCUUCAUUAAUCUCUCCAUCAAGGGGAAAAGUUUCUUUCUCUCUACUCUAUCUAUGCCUGUCAUAAUUUUAAAUAUCUCAAUCAUGACCCCUCUCUAUCUCCUUGCCUCUGAGGAAAACAACCCCAAUCUGAACAAUCUCUCUUUAUAUCUUAAACCCCAGCCAAGGCAGCAUCCUGUUUUCAUUUGGAGCAGAGAAGGCUGAGGGGGCUCUGAUUUAGGGUGUGCGAAGUUGUGAGGAGCAUAGACAGAGUAGAUGGGGAGAUACCUGCCCCUUAUUAGAGGUGUUAAUAACCAGAAGACAAUUUUUCAGGUAUAGAGCAGGUGAAUUAGAGAGGAUUUGAGGGAAAAUGUUUCUACCCAGAGGGUUCUAGGUAUUUGGAACUCAUUGCCUGAAGGGUUGAUAGAGACGGGAACCCUCAAGACAGUUUCAACACAAUUUAGAUAAGCACUUGAAAUGCCUUCGUGUACAAGGCCACAGUGCUGGAAGAUGAGCUUAGCACAGAUGGAUGUUUGAGAAAAGGAAUGGACGGGAUGGAACGAAGGGCUGCUUUGCAUGCUGUUAUAAACUGUAUAACUCUAAUUCAGAAACCAGUUUGUGUAGAACAGAGAUAUAAUUACUUGACUUGUUGCUUUUCUAUUCUGUAGGACAUGGGAUGGACAGUAGGCCAGCCAUGGCUAUCUUUGAACUUUUGGAUUACAUUGUUAAUGAGCCUCCUCCUAAACUCCCCAUCGGUGUAUUUACACAAGACUUUCAAGAGUUUGUAAAUAAAUGCUUAUUCAAGAAUCCAGCUGACCGAGCAGACUUGAAACUACUUAUGAGCCACACCUUCAUUAAGCGGUCUGAAGAAGAGGAGGUGGACUUUGCUGGCUGGUUGUGUAAAAUUAUGGGGCUGAACCAGCCCAGCACUCCAACGCGCACCGCUGUGUGAGGAACAACCAACAUCCCUCUUUCCCCCAACCCCACCCUUUGCACAGCUCCUGUCCUUCUCUGCUGAUGUCUAUCAACCACUACUGUUGUGACUGUGGCAUCAAUUGGGACUCUCCCUGCAUUCAGAAACUAAGUGAGGAGUUUUGCAUCAAGGCAGCAUUGGCAGAUUUUUUUUGUUUUUGAAAAAGCAUUGUCUUUCUUUAGCUGGUGAAUUAUUCUUUUGGGUUGGGCUCUUUCCUCCCUCCUUAGUGUCAACGCCAGUGAUGUUAAAGUAUGGUGAUUUACACUCAGUAACGACUUGCUGGAAGCCUUUCGGUCAAGAGAGGCAAUUUUUCACUGCCAGUGAGUUCAGCUAGUUGUCAAAGUGCAAUGAUUAACUUCACAGAUCUAUGUCAUGUUUCUGUCACAGGUGCUCUGCGGGACAGUUAAACUUUGCUUUCGGCUUUUUGUUUUGUUCAAAAGGCUUACCAGAGUAAUGCCAUAUGAUUUUAUUUUCACAAAGGGAUGCAAAUUGAAGUGGCACAGUCAAAAUUAUUCAAAGCUGUAAGUAAUGGCUAGGUUGUCAUUCCAGGUAAAGUCUGUGUAAGCCAAAUUUAUUCCAAUUGUUCCUACACUGGAGACCCCUGCAGAUACCUAAUUAAUUAAAGUUUUAAACAGAUGAGUAUCUUUAAAUUAGUUGAUAUUUUCAGAUUAUUGGUUCCUGUAGUCAUGCAUUCAUCCAGUAAUCAAGCCACUGAGUAAUUCAAUUCCUUGUUUUGUGUUUUUCUCAUCACUUUCACAGACACCGUUGAAGGCAGCUGCCAUAAUGGGCACCUGCGUAUUUUUGUUUAAGUGACUGAAGUGUCUUUUGUUGGAGCAAAUUUUUCACAUGCAUGACUGACCAUGGGUGGAUAUUUUGUUCAGUAAAAAGAUGCAUGCUGUAUUUAAAGAAGAUAUUACUUUAACUGUGUUUCUCUUUUACAUGUUUAAUAAGGGUGCCUUGUGGUUUUUAUCCAAAUGAAAUCAUUGGUAUUAUUCUGGCAGUUUAAAGUAUUGAACUAAGUAAGUGGCAGUUCACCAGAAUGACUAUUCUGCUACAUUAAUCAGUGACCAGCUUUGGGCAUUCAUUCUCCAUUAAAACAUCUGAAGAUUUAUAGGUGUUUCCAGGUAGGCGACAGAGUGAAUACAAUUACAAUUUCUUGGCAUUACAAGAGUAAUUCAAUAAUGCACUUGAAAGGGUAGGAGUACCAGUCCCUUGGGAUUAUUGGUGUGGUUGGUAAUUGGGUAGAGCGAGUAGGAGUGCCAAUCCCUUUUCUGCAACUAGUUUAAUUUUUCAAAAUGGACUUCAAAAAGACUUCCUUCUACUUUGUAGUAGCUUGGAAGUGUCAGGGUCACCCUGCAUAUUUCAUUGUUGUACUAUUCAGCAGUUUUGCCUACUACUUUCAACGAUUCCACUAAUCCUACAAAAAUUGGAAUUAGUUUUAAGUGGCUGAUGAAUUCACUUUCUUCUGACAGUUCUGAGUUGGCUGAGAGAUUAUUGCUGAGUUUCGAAUCGGAAUUUUGAUCCUUCUCAACAACAAUUCACUCACUUUGCUCAUUGUGAUUGAAGUAUCUGCUUCAAAGAGCAGCAAUAGAUUUGAUAGUGCUAAACUGGUUAGACAGGUUUAAAACAAAUUUCCAAAGGAUUUGCAAUCAUGGGAACACAGUCAAUUAAAUUUGAUUUUGUCCUCCUCUUUAAUCUGGCAUUUGGUUCUCCUGACCAUUUAGUCAUGUUGAGUUUGAUAGCAGUUUGUGGGGAAUUCAGUUUUUAAAAUCAGCUAAAGGAAGGCACUGUUUUCUUUUUCGAUCCAACCUGUUCUUCCUGAGUUGUAAAUUGUUUAGGCUUCCUAGUUUUUGUACAAAAAGCAAAAAAAAAAUUUUACUUAUGUUUCUGUUCUUAAUUCUGAUGUUUAGUUCACUUUUUAAAAUGCUUUUAAUUUGCUGCUUCACUGCAAGAUAUGGUUUGUAAGCUAGGGAAGAGUUUGCUUCUGAAGAAUAGGGGUUUGAUCUUUGCGAGCACUGGCUUUCCAAAUAGUCUGUUACCAUUGCGGGUAAAAUGUGUAAAACAUACUGUGACGUUCCCCUGACUUGCAGCAUUUAUUUCAGUCCCUAGUCGAGAAACCUGUCUGCUGGUUUUCAGGCUUACUACGGUAAAUCCUUCUUACGGUUUUAUGUACUGUAUUCAUCUGAAAUUUCCUGAAUGAGACAAAAUCUAGUUUGUUUGUGAAGUAUAUGAUUCACAAUUUAGUGCUGCUUAGAGUUGUGCACUUGUGGUGCUCAGUUUGGUUCAAGGAUAUUCUUGUUGGUCGCUGUAGACCCAAUAGCUUGUUAAUUAACAAUUUUGCAGAUGCAAUAUAAUUGGCCAUGUAGUGACCAUUUUAACCACUAAGCACUCCAAGGGGCUAGUCAACCAAUCAAAGUAAUGUGUACGAUUAUCACCACUUACAGGAAGAAAAGUCAACUCUUAACACUGGCCAAGAAUUGUAUAGAUUGAAAAUUCCGAGCAAUGGGAAUGAUGCUGAUUCCCAAAACCAUUAGUUUUGUUGGCCAUUAUGCCUAAUGGAGUACACCUUCCACUGAGAGUGGUACUUCUCUAGUUUCAUUCUUUUAACCAGAACAUAUUACUUUUCAUGAUUCUGAAUCAUAUUAAUAUUCCGUUUUCAACUUGGGCUGAAUGAAGUCGGUUGUGAAACAAAAAAAUGCCAAGUUCUUAGAAUCUUUCACACACUUCAAAGAAGAACUACUCUCAAAAUUACUUGUGUAGGUUGUGUCUCGCUUAAUAAUUUUGUGACUGAACUGUACAGCGGGCCAAGUGCUUUUGAGGCAAACUGAACCCUAAAUGUACUUCUCGGGGAAUAUGAAUCUGUUUCAAAGUGCCUGGGGGAAAAUAAUGAACUUAAUUUAAAAAAAUAAGUUUAAUCUACUGAGGCGUCGAAGGUAAAAGAAACGCACUGUGAUUAGAAUAACGGAGUUGAGUUUUGUGCUGGGAUAUCAGUUCUUUGUGUUGUGCUCCGUAUAGUUGUCUAUGGAUUGUCCAUGCCUAUGCCUUUAAAUAAAAAAAAUACAUGUAAGCUGUUACUGUUAAGGCACUGGUGCAUAUUGGUGUAUGUCACUAUAUCAGGUUUAUAAUGUUGUGUCCAUGCACUUGUUCCCUUUUGUGAAGCCUGUGGGCGUCUUGUGCUACUGGUUGUGGUUAGCUCUUUUUAAAAACAGUGUCACUUUGUGAUGUGCAAAAUAGAUUCGGCUUCUUACAAAAAAAAUAAUCACCAGUAGCACGAGUUCUAUUCUGAUUGUUUUUAGCUUUUUUUCUUAAGAUUUUGCCAAGCAAAUGAUGUGGACUGAAUGUAUAAUUUAAUCAUUUGUUGCAAAAAGUUAUUAAAACUGAAGUGACAAUU